UUCCCUCCUCUACCUUUGUGGAUUUCAUGCGCUUUGGAUGAAGCGGUUUCUUGUUGUUUCCCGGGACUCUCUGGAGUGACGCCACCCACCCCUCUCAAGGCGGACAUUUGGACAACAAGAGAGGACAAUAGACAUCACGGAGGGAACUUCUGUGUCUUUUUCCAACAGAGAGACAACCGCUAAACCCGAAUGUGGACGGAGUAGUUCCGCUGAAAGGCAGUAGGGAGAAGAAGCUGUCCUCUAGCCAGCGUGCACCGUCGCCAAGGAGCACCGUGCUGGGACCGAGCGACCGUCCAAGUCCACCCAGACAUGGUCCACUGUCAGCCGAGGCCGCCAAGGACUCCACUACCGCUGCGCUGAACUUGCCGAGAGCCGUUUGGAAGUUACGAAAAAAGCGAGUCUUCUGCUGUUUAUCGGGGAGUGUUACCGGUAAUUAUGCCCGAUCAAAUCACCGUGUCAGAGUUUGUGGUGGAGACCAACGAGGACUACAAGUCACCCACAGCCUCCAACUUUACCACCAGGAUGUCCCACUGCAGGAACACCGUGGCUGCACUGGAGGAGGCGUUAGAUGUGGACCGCAGUGUUCUAUACAAGAUGAAAAAGUCAGUGAAGGCCAUCUACACAUCUGGUUUGGCUCAUGUGGAGAAUGAGGAGCAGUACACACAGGCACUGGAGAAGUUUGGAGAAAACUGCGUGUACAGAGACGAUCCGGAUUUGGGUUCGGCUUUUCUCAAGUUCUCUGUCUUCACCAAGGAGCUCACAGCGCUCUUCAAAAACCUGUUCCAAAACAUGAACAACAUCAUCACCUUCCCAUUGGACAGCCUGCUGAAAGGAGACCUGAAAGGAGUCAAAGGGGAUCUGAAGAAACCUUUUGACAAAGCCUGGAAGGACUACGAAACAAAAGUCUGCAAAGGACAUUCUUUACUGAAAGGCACCAAGAUAGAGAAGGAGAAGAAGGAGCACGCCAGACAGCACGGAAUGAUCAGGACGGAGAUUAGCGGGGCGGAAAUUGCAGAGGAGAUGGAGAAGGAAAGGAGAUUCUUUCAGCUGCAGAUGUGUGAGUAUCUCCUCAAAGUCAACGAGAUCAAAAUCAAGAAAGGAGUGGACCUGCUGCAGAACCUCAUUAAGUACUUCCACGCACAGUGCAAUUUCUUUCAGGAUGGUCUUAAAGCUGUGGACAAUCUGAAGCCUUCCAUAGAAAAACUGGCCACAGAUCUACACACAAUAAAGCAGGCGCAGGAUGAGGAGCGGAAACAGCUGACACAGUUACGGGAUGUUCUUAAGACGGCCCUACAAGUGGAGCAGAAGGAGUCUAGAAGAGAUUCACAGGUGCGUCAGAGCACCACCUACAGCCUACAUCAGCCGCAAGGCAACAAAGAGCACGGCACGGAGCGCAGCGGGUACCUUUACAAGAGAAGUGACGGGUUGCGUAAAGUGUGGCAGAAGAGAAAGUGCACGGCGAAGAACGGAUACCUCACCAUCCCGCACGGCACUGCAAACAGGCCUCCAGCCAAACUCAACCUGCUCACCUGUCAGGUGAAGCACAAUCCUGAGGAGAAGAAGAGCUUUGACCUCAUAUCCCAUGACAGAACGUACCACUUUCAGGCUGAGGACGACCAGGACUGCCAAAUCUGGAUCUCUGUGCUGCAGAACAGCAAAGAGGAGGCACUAAACCAGGCCUUCAAAGGCGACCAGCACGUCGGUGAGAACAACAUUGUGCAGGAGCUGACCAAGGCCAUCCUGGCUGAGGUGAAGAGGAUGACAGGAAACGACGUGUGCUGCGAUUGCGGUGCGCCCAAUCCGACAUGGUUGUCCACAAACUUGGGCAUCCUCACUUGUAUCGAAUGCUCCGGUAUCCACAGGGAGCUGGGAGUCCACUACUCCAGGAUCCAGUCGCUCACUCUGGAUGUACUCAGCACCUCAGAGCUCUUGCUGGCCAAGAAUGUGGGGAAUGCAGGCUUCAAUGAAAUCAUGGAGGCCUGUUUAAGCGCCGAAAACGCGGUGAAACCCAACCCCUCCAGUGACAUGCAGGCGAGGAAGGACUUCAUCAUGGCUAAGUACACUGAGAAGCGCUUUGCCAGGAAGAAAUAUCCCGACUCGGCGUCGCGGCUGCACACGCUCUGCGAAGCGGUCAAGGCUCGGGACAUCGUCUCCCUCAUCCAGGUCUAUGCCGAGGGAGUGGACCUCAUGGAACCCAUACCGCUUGCCAAUGGACAUGAGCAAGGAGAGACAGCCCUUCAUCUAGCUGUCAGGCUGGUGGACAGAACGUCUCUCCACAUUGUCGACUUCCUCACUCAGAACAGUUUAAAUUUGGAUAAGCAGACGACCAAAGGCAGCACGGCGCUGCACUACUGCUGUCUGACUGACAACAGUGAGUGCCUGAAGCUGCUGCUGAGAGGGAAGGCCUCCAUAGACAUUGCUAACGAGGCCGGGGAGACGCCGCUGGACAUCGCUCGCAGGCUCAGACACCUUCAGUGUGAGGAGCUGUUGAGUCAGGCGCUGGCGGGAAAAUUCAAUGCGCACGUCCAUGUGGAGUACGAAUGGUGCCUGCAGCAUGAAGACUUGGAUGAGAGUGAUGAGGAUCUGGAUGAAAAGCCCAGUCCUCACCGCAGAGACGAGCGUCCGGUCAGCUGUUACACGCCGAGCACCAACUCCCACACGCAGUCUCGCGACAACGCCGGUCUUGGCAAGGACAAGCAGCGGUCCUACCUGCCAAAUCUGGUCAACAACGAGACCUACGGCACCAUCGUCAACAACAACCCGCCUCAGCCCGGUCUGCCUGCCACCACCUCUGCACCACCACUGCCCCCGAGGAACCCAGUCCAGUUAACCGGCCUUGGUGGGAUGGCUCAACCCUCAUCCUCCAGCAGCUGGAAGCCCGCUUCUUUAGACCUGGCUGGACGUCAGAGAUCGUCUUCAGACCCGCCCAACAUGCACCCUCCUGCCCCUCCUUUCCGGCUCACCUCUGCAGGAGGGAAGGUUGACGGCAUGGGCUCGCACAGCAAGUCGGGUCAAGGACCGACAGGAUCCAGAGCCAAUCAGUCCAAGUCCCCUGCAGGCAACGAUAAAGGCUUCACCAGAGGACCACUGAAUCGGACAGACUCUAUCGAGCGACCAACUAAGGCAGUGCCAGGUUGCCCCCGGAACUCCAUAGGUCAGUCUUUACCUCCAGCACCCCAGUCCAGGAAGGCCUACCCGAAGCACAGGCCGAAGCGAGUGAAAGCCAUCUACAACUGUGUGGCAGACAACCCUGACGAGCUGACCUUCUCUGAGGGCGAGGUCAUCGUGGUGGACGGGGAGGAGGACCAGGAGUGGUGGCUGGGCCACAUUGAAGGAGAUCCAAUGAGACGUGGAGCCUUCCCAGUCACUUUUGUACACUUCAUUGUGGAUUGACAGCUCAGGAGGUCGCCCUCGGGCACCGUCAUUGCAGCCUGGUCGUCAUGGCAACAGUCUGAGCAUCCCCUCCGGUGCGGGAUACUCUCAGUGUGUUUCCAACUGCUUGCUGUUUCUGGUGAUCGUUUUAAAACACAAAUAACGUGUGAUUGUAGCCAGUGACCUCUCACAAUAAAUGCACUUUCCUCGCUGCUCCGUCACACAUGGCGAAGGUUGUACAGUACUCGCUUCCUCCACCUCAUCUUCUUCUUCCUUCUCUUUUGAACUGUGAAUGAGCAUGAGCGGUGUGACAUGAGGCUCGUAGAUGAUGCUAGAAGAGAACGACUAGUUUCACAUCAUGUUUCUGGUGCAACACACUUCUUCUCUUCUUACUUCAUGUCAAAUGACAAGGCUUUAUACUGUACGUAUGUGCUAUAGAUGGCGUCACAUGUCACAUGCCUCGUUAUAAGGGAGUCGGACUUGUCUAUGUGUGUCACCCUUAUCAUGAAUUUGUAGAAGUAUACAGAUAAAUGCAAAAUUAUUCAUAUACCAGGGCCAAAUGUUGAGUUAAAGUGUGUUCUUAUUAAGUGAAAAUGUGUGUUUUAGCUGAAAAAGACACACAAAACACUGUUCGAGGUUGGAUUUAUGUCACGAGUUGAAUUAAGUUGAACUAAGUAAAUUGAUCGGGAUGCUUAAAUAAGGGGUUUCCAAACCUCCACAUUUUCAAGACCCAAAUUACACAUGUUGUUCCUCACUUGGACACAAACUUGCUAAAAAAUAACAUCAAAUUGUACAUAAUUCAUUAGAAACAAUACAAAAGACAACAAACAUGAAAGAAAAAACACUGUAUGAUCUCUUAAUGAUGAAUAAACUAGCUAGUAAAGUAUUUUACUGAAAUGGUGACCCAAUAAAAAAUGACUUGUGACCCAUUUUGGGGUUUCACCCCACAUUUGGCCAACCCUGAUUUGUUUCUGUUACCAGCAUCUUUUAUAAUGGUGCUAAAUAUUAAAUGUCUUCAUUCCCCUCCUCGUUAAGAUCAAGGAUAAAGAUAUUUAAAGGUAAAAAGUGCAAAUAUUUUCAGUCAUUUUAUAUUAUUUUGUCACUUUCAGCAAAAAAAAAAAUACACAUUCAACAACUGAAAAUGUACUUUUAAAAAUUGCUUCAUUGUGUUUGUGUGGACGUCUUGGCUUGUCCACGUAAGAAAAGUGCUAGGAUGAUAGACGUGUGUGUGUGUGUGUGUGUGUGUUUUGAAAAUAAGCAUUCACUGUAAUGUAGUUUGAUGUGGUGUUGCAGAGCAAUUUAAUACAAAGUGAAUGUUCUUAAUAAUAUUUACGCAUUUAACCUGACACCAUGAGAGCCUUUGUGAGAAUUGCAGCUCAUCCUUCAUGGUGUUUAUUGUGAACUCACUGGAAACAGGAAGAUUGAAUCUAUACACGUGUACAUAGAUUUACGGUAUAAGCGUGCGUGUGUGUCUAUAUUUAAAUGUAGACAAGCCAGCAGUCUUAAUGCACUGUGGUGUGGUGGAGAACACUUGUGGCUGGACUUUGUAUGUACAGUAUGCGUAUGACUGUAAAACAUCAUUUGUCUUUGGGUCUCUUUAAAUGGGAAAUGAAACUGGA